UGCGCCACUGCCUUGCAAAGAACGGAGACAUUCCGCCGGUGAGAUUCCUUUCAUCUCUGUAUUGUUUUCACUUAUCGAAUCUUUCAUUCUAUGUUUCAUUCGUCGAUUCCUGGUUCACUCUCUUUUGAUUGAACCAAGCACGAUAUGGUUUAUGGGUUUCUUGGUUUCUUGUGUUAAUCGAUUUGUGCGAACGUUCCAUAUUUUGCUCUUGAUUUCAUUUUACUUAUCUCAAAAUGGUUUCUGGGUUUCUUGAUUUCAUUGUUCUUAUGUCGAAACUGGGUUAUGGGUAUAUUGCACAUUAGGGAGAUCCGAUUUUGAAAUUGGUUUUACGAGAUGCAUUCGAGUUAGAGUUAUGUUUAUUGCAAACAAUUAACAAGAUGGUUCAAACCUGAUUGGGUAUCCAUUGGUUCUGCCUUUCUGAGUUUCUUACAUAGCUGUUACGGCCCCAUUGUCUCUGAUAUUGGAUUAUUGAGAUUUCAUCUGAGUUUGUUGCAUAUAUGUUAUUCACUUGAUUGUUAUACAGUUGCUAUAGUAAUGAGAUUUUUUUCAUGGUUAAUUUAUACAUAUUGAACAUGGAUUGAAAUUAGAUUUUGAUUAGUGUUACAAAUGUUUAUUUAGAUAUAUUAGUUAAGUUGAAAGAUGAGUAGGAAGGGCAAGGAUAUUGUAGUUGAUGCUGGGGAUGCAAAGUUUAAAUGGGAUAAUAAGAAUAUGAAACUGUUUCUUGACAUGCUUACUGUGUGGAAGAAAAAAAAUGUUGGGUUGCUUAAGUGGGAGCCAAUUUCUGAAGAAUUUAAGAAAGUCAGUGGCUUCACUUGCACACCCUUGAAGUUGAAGACAAAACACGACAAUAUGAAACAAAAUUGGCAGCUGUUCAAUAGGCUAAAGAAUUCAGAGACUGGAUUGAGAUUCAAUGAUGAGACAGGGAAGGUAGAGGCUUCUGAUGAAUGGUGGGAUGCAAGGAUUAAGGAGAAUAUAAACUUAAAAAAAUUUCACUCAACUGGAUUACCUUUGCGUGAGGAACAGAAUAAGCUUUGGGGUGGUGCCACUGCCACUGGUGAUGAGUGCAUCUCUCCUGCCAUAGCUGAUGUUGAUGACAACAACACUCCACAGCCUGUUCAGAUUGAUUUGGAGCAUGGACCAGAUGAUUUUUCAAUAGGGUCCUCUCCGGUGAAGACCACAACAGUAAAUAAGCCAUCUGGUUCUACUUCCAGAACCCGCAAGAGGAAGAAUAAACCCGUUGAAGAUGUGAUUAACCCUGAGUUUAAGGCAUUGUGAUUGGAUUUGAAGACCACUAGCACAGAACAGCGUGAGUAUUUUGCUAGCAAGAAGGUGUAUUAUGACAAGAUGACUAUGGAGCUUGAUGAUGUGAACACUUAUGAUCAAUGUGUGAAGGCGUUGGGUGAGCUGCAUAUCCAGGAGUCUUAUGCAGAUAUAUACUAUUUUGAUGUUGAGUUGUUUGCUUCUCGUGUCCAUAGGAAUUUAUUUCUAGCUCUUCCACAUGAAUCGCGUUUUGGAUACAUUGAGAGGCUUUACAACAAGAAUGGUGGAUUUGCUCCAAGUGGCUAGUGUGUCAAAAGUCCUAUUAAUUUGUGUACUAUUUUUAUUUUAAAUUGAACCCAUAUGCAUUAGUAAUUGUAGUGAUUAUCUGAACCUAUUUAUCAUUAUGUGUACUCUGAGUUAUGUGAA